UGCUGACCGUAGGUGACGUCACAAGAGGCGGGAUAUCCGCAGCGGUAAAGCUCUAGCUAAUAACAUGGCGAAGACUUACGACUACUUGUUCAAACUACUUUUAAUCGGCGACUCCGGGGUGGGGAAAACGUGUGUGCUAUUCCGAUUUUCAGAGGACGCCUUCAACUCGACGUUCAUCUCCACCAUAGGUAUUGACUUCAAGAUCAGAACAAUAGAACUAGACGGGAAGAAGAUCAAGCUACAGAUAUGGGAUACAGCGGGCCAGGAGAGAUUCAGGACCAUCACAACAGCCUACUACAGAGGAGCUAUGGGCAUCAUGCUAGUAUACGACAUCACCAACGAGAAGUCCUUUGACAACAUCAAGAACUGGAUACGAAACAUAGAAGAGCACGCCUCUGCAGAUGUGGAGAGAAUGGUCCUCGGAAACAAAUGUGACGUCAAUGACAAGCGACAGGUGUCAAAAGAAAGAGGAGAAAAGCUGGCCCUGGAGUAUGGCAUCAAGUUCAUGGAGACCAGCGCGAAGGCCAACAUCAACGUGGAGAACGCCUUCUUAUCCCUUGCCCGAGAUAUCAAAGCCAAGAUGGACAAGAAGCUGGAGGGUAACAACCCCCAAGGCAGCAGUCAAGGAGUGAAGAUCACAGAGCAGCCCAAGAAGAGCAGCUUCUUCCGCUGCUCGCUCCUGUGAGCCGCUGUUGGCAUCCACCGUCGAUCGCCUUAACUUUUGUCCUCCCCCUCCACUGGACAGAACUGGACAGAGCCGGCUCGGAUCUCUCCUUUAAAACGUCUUAACCCGUCUUCCUUUUCACUCAGCUGUCUUCUCCACCCAGGGUGGCGUUAAACAACCAGUCUUCCCGUGACUCCUGUGAAUUGAACUACGGUGGCCUGUUACAUACAUGCCGAGGCCAUUAUGUUUUGUACUGCUACCUACAUAGAUUUUAUUGACUUUUAAAAACCACCUCGACCACCCCCCCCCCUUUUAAGCUUUUGUUGAACAUCCAGACACAGCCCAAAAGUACAAAUUGACCAAAGUUUUUUUUUUGUAUACUUGCGUUGAGUUUUCCUAUUUUGGAAGCCAACUGGGUACUCUACAUUCCAUUCCUCAUAUUCAGGAAAGAGGCACCAAGUAGAUACUGAGUCCCAAUUCAAAAUUUGAAAAUUGAAAUUGUAUUUGCAAGUCAAGGCACCACUAUUAGCCCCCCCCCCAUGAAACCAUCUUCCUCAUCAUGUAAGCACAGGGGCUUAUAUUUAUAUCCUGUCCACCCCACCCCCAAGAUGAGACUUUUGUUUUUGUGAGCACUUGGGUAUGCAGUGUGAUGUCAUUUGAGACCAGUCGGGCUUGAGUCAUUGACAAUGUUUAUCUUCAUGGCACAAAGAUGGCUGCCAAUUCAAUGUAUGCACUUCCUCAGUCAAAUCACCCACCAAGAGGAAAUUGUGUCAUAGCAGCACAAAGGAGGGGGAUCACAGUGGCAAUUAAAACUUUUUUUUAAAUUCAUUUCUACUUCUUCCAGUUGCCGGUUUCCAAUGGGGGAUUACGUACAGUACACGACUGUUUUGAGGGCCUUGGUUUGGUGGCUGUGCCGUAACAGUAUUUAUGGAGCGGGGGAAUAAAACCCAGGACAUAGCACCAAAAUGACAAAGUGCCCUUUUAUGUUCUUAUCAAUCAGUCAUGCACUUUUUUCCCCCCCGUAUUCUUUGUGUACAAAAGACAAAAAUACCCUUUUCGGAUCUGUCGUUCCUUCACAUUUGUUGACUGUACCUGUUUAUGCACAAAAAAAAAAACA